CAGUCCCCCAUUUCCAUGUCUAGUGUGCCUCAGACACUUCUAGAGAGGAAGAAAAUGUCGUCCAAGGUCAGCACCCUUUGCAUGGUGGCCCUCCUCCUCCUCUACACACUAACCUCUGCCACCGCCCGGCCAGAGCCCGUAUUUUCUGGCAUCACUCCGAUGAAAACUCAACAUGGGGAUGUCGAAGUAGAGAAGGCAAUGGAGGAGGAGAGCUGUGAAGGAGUUGGGGAAGAAGAGUGCUUGAAUAGAAGAACACUUGCAGCUCAUCUUGAUUAUAUCUACACGCAGAAGCAUAAGCCAUGAAAUUUGUCAUAAUUUCUGGGUUAUUAUAGUAUUAUUUAUGUUCCUGUAAUUUGAUUUGUAAGUAAUAGCUGCCAUAAAUAGGUUCUGUUUCAAGAGCUUAGAAGCUAGUUUAUCAUUGUCUUAUACCGCACACUGUUUUGUUUUUCUUUCUUGUAGGAAAGAGUUUGUCUUUAUUUAUAGAGAUUAAUUAUCCAGAUUUUCGAUUAUAUAUAUUCUUGUGCAAAUUUGGUUGACA